CUUAUUCUUCUCACAAUCUAGGUUACCAGAUUUGGGAUUGUUGUACAAGUUACAAAAAUGUCAUUUCUAUGGGAAAAGAGUGAAACGUGGAGAUGGGUAGUGCGUAAAACCAGAGAUUCAAAGCCAUUCUUUUUCACUUUCGCCACAAUCUGCGGCGUAGUCCCAGGUGUUAUCGGCUACUGCGUGAUGCAAUUCACCAGCACCAACAAUCCCGAACUCGAAGCCCGCCUCCGCCAGAACGCACGCAAUGAAUCCCUAAUGAUGGGCAAAGUCAAUCAACAGCGCCUAGCUGAAUACCUCGGUGAAUUGAAGCGUAAAGAAGAUACUAAUGACCGUUAUGUUGCUGCUCUUAAAGGUGAGACUUUGACUCGAAACCCUUAUGUUAGAAUUCAACCCAUUUCAAAGCCAGAGGUUCAAAAAACUGUAAAUGAUAAGAAUUAGGAAUAUUUAUGGCUUUUAUUGAUGUUUUAUUUAAAUUCUGCUUCUGGGUAUUGUUAAAGUUUGAAUCUUUCUUGGUGGGUAUCGUUGAAGUUUUGAGUUUGGUAUAUCAAAAUAAAAAUUGUACUCUUGGUAUUAUGGAAAUCUCAGCUUUUGUUUUAGCUCA